AUGAUCCCGACGAUCGAUACCAUCUGCUGCGUGCUUCUGGGGCUCAUCAUGGCAUUCUUUGCCUACGGCCACUUGACACAACCAGAAGAGACAUUUGAGCAGCUCUUUGGAUUUCCCGUAGAGAGUCCGCUGCAGGCCCAUUUCGUUGCCGUCUUGGGAGGCAAUUUUGCCUGCAUUUCCAUCACGUUGCUCGGCCUGGGUCUAUUCCAACCUUCAUCCAAUGCACGCAAAUUCGUUCUCGCGGGGUAUGCUGUCCUGCAAUACUACAACAUUAUGAAUCAGUAUCGAUUUCCAGUUAAAGGAGAGGAUGAUCCGCCCGAGUCCAUGGCGGAAAUGCCUAUACCCUUGCUGAUAAUACUCAUGUCAAUUGCACUGUUCGGGGUACUCUUUGGCAGAACAGAUGGUCAGCGGGCAGAACUUGUACGCAACAAGAAAAAGGCUCAGCUCUAUGCAAAGCAUGCACAAAAGGUGUCCAAAAAGGAAUGAAUGCGGUGGCCGUAUCUUAUUGUUCCAGUCAGUAGGGUCGUUUCUUCAAAGAUAGUUAUUCUUUGGGCUACUAGUAAGGGUUCUCACAACCUACAAUCCCUUUUCUGUGGGAGGCGCCACACAGGCUUUUGACGACUCGAAUGCAUGAGCGAUAUAUAUCUCUAUGAAAAGCUACUUCUUUAUGAACAAUCUAUGCAAUCUGUC